AUGAACUACCAUCUUGUCGUCCUUGUCCAUGGCCUCUGGGGCUCUGCAGACCACAUGGAGUACCUCCGCAAAGCCAUUCUUGCAAAUAACCCUCCUACUGAAUCUUCCACCGUCGUUGUCCUCGUAGCAAACAGUUUUGCCCUUUACUAUACCUACGAUGGCAUCGAUGUCUGUGGAGCCCGCGUAGCUUCAGAAGUCAUUGAUCAGAUUGCUCUUUUGGAAAAACCUGCCUCUCAUAAAGUCACAUCAAUAUCUGUUGUCGGUUACUCUCUAGGAGGUCUCAUUGCUAGAUAUGCUAUAGGCCUCCUACAUUCCUACCGCCUCUUUGAUACAGUUAAUCCUCAUUCUUUUACAACUUUUGCUUCCCCCCAUGUAGGCGUUCUUGCCCUUGGCCGAGGACCUGUUGCCUUUCUUUAUAACGCUAUUGCACCUUACGUUUUGUCUUACACUUCUCGCCAACUGUGUCUUGUAGACAGGUCUGCAGUCCACGGUGGCGUUCCUCUCUUGGAAGCUCUUGCAGACCCUUCUCUUACCUUUUUCCAAGGUCUUGCACGGUUCAACAAAAGAGUAGCCUACGGGAACAUUGUAAAUGACCAUAGAACUGAGUGGUACACAACUGCAAUGACUGUCACAGACCCUUACGCGAAAAAUGUUCAAAAUAUAGCAGGGCCAUACGUCCUUGGAUAUGAACCAGUUGUCAUCAAUACUGCAAAAGGUGUCCCUCUGGAAGUCCUCACCAACCCCUCUACAGACCUAGUAAACGACCCAACACAUACCCUAGGCUUUGUACGUAGGCUUGGUGGUCGUGUGGUUCGCUGGACCGUGGCCUUAGUCAAGGUGACAGUAGUGGUGCCUGUUUGGUUUGUUGCCUUUGUGGCCAAUGCCGCUUUCCAAACUGUGGUUUCAGCUGCCCGCAAGCGUCAGUUUCUAAAGUCAUCCACCUAUGCCCAUUUUGGCCACCUUGCUGUCGUGUUACCCGACGACCUCACAAUCCCCCAAAAACUACACGAGGAAGCAGGUAGUGCUCUGGACUCAGUUAUGGAUGCAGUUAAGCAUGAACAUGGAGAAACAUCUGGUGUUGCAUUACGCAGACAACCGACUCAUAACGAACAAUCACUUGUAAGGUAUCUUCAACAGUUUACACCUGCGUGUGCUCCGCGUGAAGGAUCUACUUCACAGGACCAGGAAAAUCAGGUGGACCCACCCAGAGGUACUCCAGUAAGUGAGUUGAAUUUACGGCCGGUACAUCGACGAAUUAUUGGUAACUUGAACUUACUGGCAUGGGAAAAGUUCCCCGUACACAUUGCUGGGGCUGCGCAUACACAUGCGGCCAUUAUUGUACGUUACGCGUCUCCAGAGUUUGAAGAGGGCAAGGUUGUAGUCGAGCACUGGAUUCGGCAAGUGUUUGUAGAUUAA